AUGCUGCAAAUUUCCCUGCUGCUGCUUUUAGGAUGUGCUAACGCAAAGAUUACUUGUCGUGGUCUAGCUGAUGAACCUGUAGACUGGUACAUAGUCUACAAACCUCCAGCAUCUAAAUCUCCUAUUCGAUUUUAUUAUAUGGAUCCAAAUCACCGUAACUGGACCUUGGCUCCCUUUAGUAUUGAAAGCGAUCAGAGCGCUGUAGGUGCUACUCUCAAAGACUUCUACAGACAUGAUCAGGAACAUUUCGUUUUUGCAUACAAUGAUGAUAGUCCGUCAGGGAGUGUUGAUUCAUAUCGAGGGCAUAGCAAAGGUGUUGUAGUGUUCGAUCAGGAAAGUGGAUUUUGGAUUAUUCAUAGUGUACCAAACUUCCCAGCAGUAGGUACAUACACCUAUCCAUCGACUGGUAUUAGAUAUGGCCAAAGCUUCCUCUGCCUUUCGCUUCCCUCAGAAUCUCUUGGUGAUGUUGGUGAACAUCUUCGAUAUGUCCAAGCCACACCGUUCUUCACAAAUCUUCCUGAAUUUUUCAUCUUGAGGUUUCCAGUGUUGGUCAAUAUUGUAAAGAAGCAGUCGCUAUCCAAAUCGGAGACGGUUUUUACAAGAGUUCGACAAUUUAAAACGGUUGGAGGGCAGACCUUAAGAAGUUUCGCGAAACAUAAGAAAUUUGGUAAAGGUGAGUUCAGAUGACG